AUGCCUUCGGACCAACAACUAUAUGAGCGUAUACGACAGCUCGAAGAGGAAAAUGAGAGGCUCAAGAAGCAACUACGAAGUCAAAACGACUUCUUGACUCCUCUGAAAGAUGACUCUGUCGAUCCUGACUUCUCCCUAGAGGAGUUCAGACGGUACGGGCGCCAGAUGAUCGUGCCUGAGUUUGGAUCACUCGAGGCACAAAGAAAAUUGAAACAUGCUAAAGUAUUGGUCGUGGGGGCGGGCGGCCUUGGUUGUCCUGCCCUUCUUUAUUUGACGGCAGCAGGUGUUGGGCGCAUAGGAAUUGUGGAUAAUGAUACUGUUGAUGUGAGCAAUUUGCACAGACAAGUACUCCAUACUUCAGAUAGUGUGGGCAUGCUCAAGUGUGAAUCAGCCAAGCAGUAUUUGAGUCGCUUGAAUCCGAAUGUGGAGAUAGUUACUCAUUCAGUCAGACUAGAUAAUGGCAACAUCUUUGGAAUUUUCGCUAGCUACGACUACAUCGUAGACUGCACUGACGCCCCAGCUAUACGCUACUUAAUUAAUGAUGCGGCAGUAUUGACAGGUAAGACAGUCAUAAGCGGCUCAGGCGUAAAGACCGAUGGCCAGUUCACUAUUUUAAAUUUUCAAAAUACUGGCCCUUGCUACAGAUGCUUUUAUCCACAGCCUCCAAAGCCGGAAUCGGUGUCUACUUGUGGGGACGCAGGAGUCUUUGGCCCAGCUAUCGGAUUGACAGGAAUAUCAUUGGCUUCUGAAACGCUCAAAGUUAUCACGGGCCACUACAACACCACGUUUAAACCAUUUCUUGCCAUGUACAGUGCAUACCCAGUCCUGGUACUUCGUCAAUUCAAGAUGAGAGGAAGACAAGCUAAUUGUGCUGUUUGUGGCACACUGGCAACAAUCACAAGAGAGAUGAUCGAGUCAGGAAAAGUCAACUAUAGUGAGUUUUGCGGCUCCAACAUCAUUCAUGGGCUCGCCGCAAACUUGAGGUUGGAGGCAACAGAAGCAUCACAACGACUUCAAGUCGAGAAGGCAUCGCUCUUAAUAGAUGUGAGACCUCCUGAACAGUAUCAAAUUACACAUAUUGACGGAGCAGUAAACAUCGAUUGGUCGCUGCGUUUAUCAAAGAUAGAUAGCAUCGACGAACUCUUACCCAAGUCUUUUGACAAGUCCAAGGAUAGGACUUAUGUCAUAAGAGCUUGGGUUUAA